AAAAAGAAAAGCAAAAAUGCUUACUCCAUCAUCAUCAACCUGACUGAAAUUGACUAGGGAAACUACUACUAUUCAAGAAGAAAAAGAGAGAAAAUAAGCGGAACCAGUGAAAAUUGGAGUGAAGAAGGAUGCAGAAAAAGUCCUCUCAUUAUAACUUCUACUGUUCUAAGAAUUUUAGGGUUUUAGAGGAUGGAUUCUUCACCUGAACAACCUUCCAAACCCAACAAUUCAACUCAUUCUCCACCUUUGCCAAUCCCUCCUCUUCAAGUCCAGGAGUCCCCAGUUUUCUCUUACAUAAGCAACCUGUCUCCAAUAAAGCCUGACAAGGCUGCACUCGGUUCACAGGGAUUCCCUGGAAUCAAUUCUCCUCCCCUUGUAUUCAGAUCUCCUCAUAUAAAUCCAAAUAGCCAACCAAGUUUCCUUAAAAGGCCCCAGUCUGCUGGAUCAUCAGAUGCAGGAUUAUCUGAAGAGCAUGAGAGUUGUAAAGAUACUCUUACAGUUGCGGAGGAAUCUAGGGUAUCAAGUUGCCAUUUGAGCAGUAGGUUGAGAAGUUGCCCUCAAAAAGAAUUUAUUGACGAUUCUAAACCUGAAAAAGCUAGCAGCCCUCCAGUUUGUGGCAAUGAUUACUUAACUGACAUUGUGAACAUGGAUGGUGGAGAUUCUGAUUCUUCAGCGAAUUUGACUCCUAAAAGCUCUGAUGAUGUCUCCCAGUCACAGCAUGAAUUAUUAGACUCAAAAGAAUCUGCAGAAAACACUGAGGACAAGGAUGAUACGCGAAGAGAAGAGAUGAAAAUGGGAGCUGCUUCUGUAACAUUGGAGCAAGCUGAAGAGUACAAUCUUAAAGACUCACCAUCUGAUCUUAAGUCUGUUGUACCAGAUCAGAAUUCAGGAGAUGGUAAUGGGCCGCCUGAUUUACACCCAAGGGUUGAGCCAGACAAGUCUGUAGGUCAUGCUUUGGAGAAUCAAAGUGGAGGGCGUUCAAUGGCCGAGAAUGCAGGAUCUGGUCAUGUGAUUGAAGUGGGAUGUAACUUGCUGUCAGAAUCUCUGCAAGUUGCACAGGAUUGUGGAAGAUCUCUCGAGAAUGCAGGAGUACAAUGUACUGAAUCGCUCGAGAACAAAGUGCAUCGUCACUGUGCUCAGAUGGGUUCUGGUGCAAAGGUUAGUAUGAGAUCAGCUGAGAGAGGUAGUUUUAAUGGGCUUGGUAAGAAGUCCAUGUCUAUAACAGGCAGUAGUUUGCAUCAUAAUUUUUCGACGUCUGCAAAUGUGGAGGGUGUUCCUAUUUCUGAUGAGAGUAGGCACAAUGAGCAUGCCUCAGGUGCUGCAAAUUCUGCUAGUACUUUGUCUCCUUGCAGCAUGAAACCGUUGUAUGAACCUGUGGUUUUGAAACCAAUUGAGCUUCAACCAAAUUCUUCAAAUAAGAGGAUGUGUACCUCUGAAACUUCUGACAGCUUCGUGGAUUUUGGCCAGUCAAGCCCAAAAAAGAAAAGGAAAAAAACAUUGGAUGCUGGUGAUGGCAGUGGUUGCAAACGCUGCAAUUGCAAGAAGACCAAAUGCUUGAAAUUAUACUGUGAUUGCUUUGCUGCUGGUAUCUAUUGUGCUGAACCUUGUGCUUGCCAAGGCUGCUUCAACAGACCUGAAUAUGAAGAUACUGUUCUUGAAACACGACAACAAAUUGAAUCUCGAAAUCCACUCGCAUUUGCUCCAAAAAUUAUACAGCAUCUGACUGAACCUCCAACAAAUGUUUGUGUGGAGGAUGGGUCGCAUUUUACACCUUCAUCAGCGAGGCACAAGAGGGGAUGCAAUUGCAAGAAGUCAAAGUGUUUGAAAAAGUAUUGUGAAUGCUAUCAGGCUAAUGUUGGAUGUUCUGAUGGAUGUCGAUGUGAGGCAUGUGAAAACGUCUAUGGCCAAAAGGGAGAAUUUGGUAUGAUCAAGGAUCUGAUUAGCAAACAUGGUGAGAAAUUGGAUAGUUCAUUUGGCACAACGCUGGAGUCAGUGGCAUCAAAAGAUGGUUUACUGCACAAUGAAUUAUACAAUCCUCACAGCUUGACUCCUCUAACUCCUGCAUUUCAGUGCUCAGACCAUGGAAAGGGUGCUCCAAAAGCUUGGUUAUCUUCUGGGGGGUAUCUUCAAUCACCUGAAUCUUGUCUAACCUACUUAGCACCAUAUGGAAUGUCCCCAGGACAAGCUGGAAAUCCUGAUACUCACAACAUGAUAAUAGAAGCUAAUACUGGGAUUAUGGAUCUAGUUUCAUUUGGCCAGGGGAUAGGGUAUGGCAAUGAACAUACGGUGAAUCAGAGCUCUCCUAGAUGUGAAGUACCAAGAAAUGAUGGGCGCCUUGCAGCCCUGCCUGAUCCACAGGAUUGGGAAAAUACAUCAAGAGCUCAAACCUAUGCAAAUCACCAGGUUUCAUCUGCAAAUUCCCUUCGCUGGCGUAGAUCAUCUACCCAUUUUGAUGGAACCAAACCUGAUGAAGCAGUUGACUUUGAUGGUGGACUAUAUAGCAUCUUGGAUGAUGACACACCUGAAAUUCUGAAGGAGACCCCCAUGCCACCUAAUGCUAUAAAAGUAAGCUCGCCUAAUAAGAAGCGAGUUUCUCCUCCUCAUGGUCAAGGGACUGAGCCGGGUUCUAGCUCGUCCACAGGUUUGAGAACUGGCCGCAAGUUUAUAUUGCAAGCAGUUCCUUCUUUCCCACCACUUACACCAUGCAUUGAUUCCAAAGGUGCUACUGGUAUGAAUAAUUCCCAGAAGUCUAGUAGCGGCAAAUGACCCAUAAUACCAAUAGGUAAUACUAGAUAUAGGUCUAUUUCACUAGAUCAGUUCAUAUUCCGACUGCACAGAAGUUAACAGCAGCUUGUACCCGUUCAGCCAAAAACAUUUCAGAAACCAGAGCUGCAAGAAGUAUGGAAGGCUUCAUUAGUAAUAAGGUCAUGGAGGAAUAUCGCCCCAGUUGCUGUUUCAGUGCUUCCUCACAUGGGCCCCUAUCUCCUCUCCAUUCCUGAUUUUCCCCCUAGAUUCUUUGAUGUCGAAUAUGUUAUAUUCCGAACUAGGAGCAAGUAGACUCUACUUUGGCUACAUUUAUAGACCUGUGGUUUUCAUCAAUCUAUUGUUCUUUCUUUCUGUCCCUUCGUGAUUCAUAAUGAAGCAUUUUCUACGAGAUAGUAAUAAAAUUGCAGGAAGUAGGCUUCUCC